CUCCCGACGAAACAGUCUGCAACACCUCGACCCCGUCAAUAUGUCUGAAUAUCAAGAGAAGGAGAAGAUCUCUCCGGUCGGAGAACACAUCGAGUACAGCUCGGACGCCAGCCUCGAGGCCGCUUCCAACGUCAACGAAAAGGCCGUCAUCCGAAAGACAGAUCUACGGAUCGUCCCUUGGUUGUCUCUGCUCUACCUGCUUUCCUUUUUGGAUCGUUCCAACAUCGGUAACGCCAACCUGUUCGGUCUCUCCGCGGAUCUGGGCCUCUCGACCACGCAAUACUCGGCAUGUCUCGCCAUCUUCUUUGCCUUUUACGUUCUCUUCGAGGUUCCCAGUAACAUGGUGAUGAAGGCUUGGAGACCCUCGAUGUGGCUGCCUACCAUCAUGUUGGCAUGGGGAGGUGUAAUGAUCGGGAUGGGCUUCGUUGACAGCUUCAGCCACUUGCUGGUCACUCGAGUAUUUUUGGGCAUUACUGAGGCUGGUCUUUUCCCUGGAGUGUCCUUCUUCUUGACCCAAUGGUACCGACGAUACGAGAUCAACUUCAGGAUCGCCCUUUUCUUCAGCGCCGCAACCGCCGCUGGUGCCUUUGGUGGUCUCUUGGCCCGUUUGAUCAACGAGAUGGACGGUGUCAACGGCUACGAGGGGGUAUGGCGAUGGAUCUUCAUCCUCGAGGGUAUUGCUACCGUCAUUGUCGCCGUCGCCUCUUUCUGGAUGUUGUACGAUUACCCCGACACCGCCAAGUUCCUCACCGAGGAUGAGCGUGCUUUUAUCGUCGAGAGACUCAAGCUCGACAACGACGGCUGUUCGCAAGCGUACAAGAACAAAUUCAUUAAAGAUGCCUUCCUCGACUGGAAAGUCUGGGUCUUCGCCGUGAUGUUCCAAGGGUCUCUCAUGCCCGUGUACGCAUUCGCUCUCUUCAGUCCUACUCUCACGGCCAAUCUCGGAUACACCGCAGCAAAGGCUCAGUUGAUGUCGGUUCCGCCUUACUGUGUCGCCGCCGUCACCACCGUUGUCGCUGGAUACGCGUCGGAUCGUCUCCAAAAGCGAGGCAUCGUCGCCAUCGGCUUUUCCGCACUCGGCGCUCUCGGAUUCCUCAUGCUCCUGGUCACCCCCAACCCUAACGUCCAAUACGCCGGACUGUUCCUCGCCGCCGCCGGUGUCUACCCCUUGAUCCCCAUCGUCGUCUCGUGGGGCUCGAACAACUGUGGAGGUUCGCUCAAGAAGGGAGUCGCUACCGCCAUCAUCGUCUCGUUCGGUAAUGCAGGUGGUGUCAUCUCGUCUUUCAUCUACCCUAGGGAAGACAGGCCUCGAUACAUCAAGGGUCACGCCAUCUGCUUCGCAUACUGCCUCAUCGUGGUCGUUUCAUCGGCGAUCAUGAUCAUGUAUUUGAAUGCGCAGAACAAGAAAAAGGCCGCUCGCAUCGCCGAGAGGGAUCAUCCUUGGACCGCCGAGGAGAAGCUUCCUUACGAGGACGAUGGCGACAAUGUUGAGUGGUUCAAGUACGCCAUCUAAAGAUUUUCGUGCUCUGGCAGGUGUCGAAGUGUUACUAGCCAGUUGGCCGUCAUGAUGUAGGGCCCCGACUAGUAUUGGGUGUGGCAAGAUAUAUUCCGGGUAAUUACAGUUGUAUAGAAAAUAUAAAAGGAAACAAUAGUCUGAACAAUGCUAGCCAUGAGAACACCAUGAUCGAGCG